AUCCCAACGCAGUGGGACAGCAUGGCACCGACCACGCCUUGAUCGGAGGAGUGGUGGCUGUGGUGGUCUUUGUCACCCUGUGUUUAAURAUUGUACUUGGAAGAUACCUGGCCAGGCAUAAAGGAACGUACUUGACGAACGAAGCCAAAGGAGCGGACGACGCGCCCGACGCCGACACGGCCAUUAUCAACGCUGAGGGCAACCAUGCGCAUGCAGAAGAAAAGAAGGAAUACUUCAUUUAGACUGCAUAGGGAGCCGUGCAGCUCUCGCCCUCUUCUUUCUGUCACCUCAGUCUCUGUAUUUCUUAUUGUCUCUUUCUGUCUCCCACUCUUCUCCAUCACGUCUGGCCACUGCCUGCUCAAAUCAACAAGUAGUUCGCAGGGAGAGAAGAUCUCCAUGCGUUAUUUUGUUUUUUGUUUGUUUGUUUGUUUUUUAUUCAGUGCAUUUCUCUCAGCUGCAUCAUUGUCUUUGAUUUCUUUGUUGUUCUCGUUUUUGGUUGAUGUUUUUGACAGCCAGCUUGAUGCUGCUGCUGAAGAUGCCCCCACUUUCUUUUGACACGAACACCUGGAAAUCUGUAUAUCUACCAUGACUGCUUCUUAAAUAAGCCUUGUGUUCAUCUUUACCCCCACCCCACCCCAAUUCCCACCAAGCAGACACACACACAUACACACACAUAUUAUAUCCCGUGUUCACAAACACAUAUCUCACAUCAACACGGUGCCUAAAAAUGCAGACGCCAUCGAACUUCUGUCAAUGCCUUCAUGUAUCGCCUGUCGGCAGCAAUGUAAAUGCUUUGUAAAUCAUUUCAUUGCAUAGCUCAUGGCUUUUAAAUAUGGAUUGCAUCCUUUUCAUUUGAAUAAAACUCUGUGCUGUUUACGCCUUAUAUGUGCAUCACACUGAAUAUGGUACUUUUAGGCGGUUCACCACUCCCAAACCCAUCCCUUUUCAAAUAGACUUGUAAUUAAACAGUGGACCCUUUGUAAGAUAAGACGAAGGUUUUGUGUAACACUGUAGCAAGGUUUUGUCAGAUAAGUGUAUAAUAUGAUUUUGACUAUUAGGGUAGGAGUAAAAGAAAAAAAGGGUAGUGCAGUAUUGUUUAGAGCAGAGAACACACCAAAAAUAUAGUAAAGAUACUACAUGAUCCAUUCCAUCGAGUCAGCUCAAAUAAAUAUGUAAAACUAUUUGCUCAAACGAUGUACAUGUUUACUUUAACCUGCAUAUCCCUGUAAUGGGCAGGCUGCAGAUUAACAAAACAUCUUAAAAUGACAGUUCAGACCUUUUAAAGUGAGGUUCUGUGAAAAGGUUAUGACCAAUUAGUGUCUUACACGUUCUGCUUUGGUCUUUAAACAACCUCUGUUUGGAGAACAGAUUUUGCUUCAGAACAGACUGAGAAAUUAACUGCUAAUUUGAGCAAGGUCGAAACCAGUGGAUUGAUGCUUUCCUAAAACAAUGUUUUAAAACACUAUUUUCUAAACUUUUAUAUUACAGUGAAUCCUGGAUUUUUGUGGAGCUAACGUUCUUAGAGGAGCCACAAAUCAUGAAAAAACGUGAAAAUUGGAUGUUGUCCAGAAAGGGCCUGUAGAACAUUUAGGGUAGCUUUAUAAUGCAGUAUGAACCAAACAAAAAACACAUGAGAGCUAAACCGUUAGCAGCCAUACACCGUACAGUACUGCUAGAAGGUGGAAAUGCUGCUCUACAGAUCGGCACAGGGCAUGUGUCAAGUACUGUACUGUAUUUUAUUUUAUUUUUUAUGGAACUGAAGUUAUGUUAAAGUUAAAGUUGAAGUUGAAGAGAUGUUACAAAAUUAGUUCAUUAUAUUGUUCUCAGUAAUUUAACUUAAAACUCAAAAAAGCAUGAGAAAAAAAUGAUGUUCCUUACUGCACUGUAUUUACGACUUUCACGAUAUGACGGGGGAUUACCGCUCUAUGACUGAGUCAAACUGUUAAAAUCUUUGCGGACUCAGUCUGUAUAGGGGCUUCACUGUAAAGUCAGUUUCUUAUUACACAGUUAUUUUAUUAAAUAUAUGGCUCAACUGAAACAUGCUCCAAACUUCACCAAAAGAGUUACACCUAGCUUUUGUCUCUAUUUGCACUUGCUAAUCACCAUUUGGUUUUAUCAAAACUUAGAUUAGUUGUUAGCGCAUCAGUCAGGUCAGAAUUAAACUCAAAUUCUCUGAGCUGAAGUCUCUCAAAAAAAGCCAUCUGAAACAACAAGAUAUUAAUUAUUUAUAACCAUUCCACAGAACCCCACUCUUUCAAAAAAAAUCUGAACUUUCACUUUAAGCAUCAUCUGAACAGCUCACAGUAGUUUGUGUUUUACAGUAAUGGUUCAGGUGUACAGAAAGAAUCAACCUCUUUGUUUAAAAGCUGUAUAAAUUGUAUUAAAAUUAGUUUACUUUUCACUUUUAGGAAAUUACUUAAUGUUUAUGUCACAAUGAAGUCAUAUUUCAGCUUAAGGACCUCCUGAUAUUUAUCAUAAACCAUUUGAUGUUGCAAAAAAGACUACUACAGGAACAGUUCCAGUGUUUAUUGAAGAUCUAGCAUCAAACCUUUUUGUACAUUUUUCUGUAAUUUUGACCGAUGCCUCGUGUACGUUGGAGAUGCAGGCAGCAUCCGCAUUACCCAUUCAUGAUCAGCCGCAAUACAGGAAUACUGAUGUCAUCAAUUUGACUGCCACUUUCUAAUUUAUGCUUUGCUUUUUUAAUGGUGGAGUUUAACUGCUGUUACCAACUUGUUGUGCUUCUUGUUUCCAUUAAUUAAAAGUCACUAUGAGUUAGGUUUUUGUACAAAGUGUCACUGCUCUUUUUUUUUUUUUUUUUUUUUUUUUUUUUGCUUGUCUGUUUGUUUGUUUUUCCUAUGAGGUCUCGGAUCAUAUCAAAAGGAGAACAAAAGAAAGAAACAUUUGGUGUGAACGCCUGGCCAUGGAUCUACAGGGGCCCCAAUACCAAACCUGAAAACUGGAGACAUAUUAAUAAAAGCACAAAAACAUGUUCGAGAAAGUUACUGUUUCUUUGCCAACAAUUGAKUUGCCUACGGAAAGGUUCUUUUAAUCAAAAACUAAAAAAAUGAAGGAAAGAUGAAAAAUCUAAGCAUUUUUUUUAAUCUAUUUAUAUUUUAAAAAGUCUAAUACUGUUGGUUUUAAAUUGUAUCACACUUCCUGCUGUAUAUUGUGUGUGCUAAAAUGUGGUUGAUUGUGAAAGUUGCUGUUAAAUUURGAACUCCUGUAUACCUUCAAAUUUGUAUAUUGGCCACCUUAUCUAUUUACUUUUAAAAUUUUCAUUGCAUUACUCUUUUUAAACGGCUAUAAAGUGUGAUUUGUUUUUGUGCGAAGCAUGUAUAUAAUGUGUAAGAACUAAAAUUUGGUACUYCACAUUGGCAUGUUUUUAUUUGAUUAUUUCAUGUUUAUUUAUUUGAACUGAAGUUUUUUUUAAUUAUUUUUAGGAGAUAAUCACAAGGGAAGGGAAAAGAUUUUAAAACAGUAUUUGUGGUGUGUUUUCAGGUGCUACAGACCUGAAGGAGAAAAGCUUGAGAAAUUAAAAAAAGAUAAAAUUUGUAAAAAUAAAAAAUGGCAGUGCAAGAAGUGUUUUUGCCCACAGAAAUAAAAAUAAUCUUUUGUUAAGUCUUGAAACAUAAAAUUGUAACUGCAGUUGAAAUGAUAAAAAAUACAGAAUUAAACAGUGAUACAAUGAAACACAUUACCUUUAAGUUGGUGGCAAGAAAUUCUCCCCACAUUAGUAACAACUGUAACAACUUUUCAGUGUUAUUUUUUAAGCAUUCCUGUUGUUUUCUAUGAGUUUGAAAAACAAAUGGUUGAUUUACUCUUCUGUGAAUUUAUGACAAACACCAAAAGAACUUCAAAUAAAGGCACUAAUCUACUUGGCGGGAGCAAUUUAUUACUAAGGGCAAUAAAAAAAUACAAAAAGUGAGCCCAGCUGUCUCCAGUUUGGUGGCCAAUUUACAGCUUUAUGCAAAGAAGGUCAGCCAGUAAGGUUAUUACUUCAGGAGAGACGGACUGAAUCACAAAGUCGGCAAACUUUUGCUUAGUUUUUGCCUAUCGCAGCUAAUGUAGGAUUAAGCUUACACACUGCAGUUUGAAUACACAAAUGAUCUGUAUUGAAAAAUCGGAAACUUUCUCAGAGUUUGCGGAGUUUUCAUGUGCCGCGAUUAGCAAUAUUAGCAGGUGUCAUGUGAGCAUCACCACAGACCUUCAGUUGGUUCAAAUAAAAUAUUUUUGCCUUUUAUGAUUUUGUGUGUGGACACAUUUGUCACAGCAACGUAACAUCUUUCUUUUUUUCUGUCUUAAAUCAUGAUGUCAGUUUUUUUUUUUUUUUUUGUUACUCACCCGUGUUUCUGCAUCAGAUUUGGGAUGAGUUAGGAUUUUGAGGACAGAGAAAACAGCAGGUCUGCAGUGUUGAGUUGGUGUUGGCAUUAAAAAAGAAAAUUAAAAAAACAUGCCAUUUACUGAAUUAUGCACUCUGACCAGUUCAUUCAAUGUCAGUAAUUGUUAAAAUGUGUGUUUUGUUUAUCUCCAUAGAAAGCACUUGUAAAUAUUUGUUUUGACACGAGUUACUUUGUUGCAAUGGCUUUUUAAAAAAUCUUUAGACCAAACCUAAAUUGUGUGUGUUUUUUUAAUAAUUUAACAGCCUGACUUCUACCACCAUGCACCAUUUUAGCACACAGAUCCAAGUGUAGCUGUGUUUUAUCGUAGCUGUCUGUCUUUGUUGUUGUUGAUUGAAACUAAGCUUUAAAACCAUCCCAUUUUACUUUCUGUUCUUAUCCGUUUGGUUAAUAUUUGAAAGAUCAUGGGCCUCUAAUUUCACACUGGCAGCAAGUCAAUUAUAGCACUAACAUGGUUGUGCUGCCAUUUCCAUUGGCCACGAGUCCAUUUUCUAGAAUUGUUUUUCUCUAAUUUUCUCCUAACUCUUAUUCUCUUUCUGCUGGAGGUGUGUGUGUGUGUGUGUGUGUAGUGCCGCCGAGUUUGUGCAUUUAUGCAGAUUAAGCAGCGCAAUACUGGUUGCAAUUUUGGCAUGAAAUUGCACACAAUUUAGUGAGCAAUUUCCAUGUUGGCGGUUCUACGUACAGACGGGGGCAAAGUUUCAAAUGGUACCGUUGCCUAGUAAUAAACAGCAGACAGCAGUUUGUUGGUUUAGUGCUGKUGAUGCUGAUAUAGGUCUUAUUAGUAGAUUUUGAUGCAUCUUGAAAACAAACUAAGCUCCCCAGGCCCAUAGAACUCAACACAGACGUCUUUUUUUUCUCCUGUCUGCCCAUGCCUUUCACCUGUCUUUUUUAUGGAUGGGACUAGCUAAUGUUUUGUUUUGUUUGUCCUUAAACUGCACUGAUCCUGGAGCAGCACACAUAUUGGACUUGCAACCUGCUUAGGAAAUUYGAUGCCCAUAUUAAGAAAGCAGUAUCAGCUUCUAAUUAUAAGAUAAUAAAUAUGAAAAUAAUGUUGCUGUGGGUUAUUAUCUUUUUUAUAAUGGUUUACGGGUCUGUUGUAACUCAUUGUUUUAAUCAGUAUGUUCUCCACAGAUGUAAUAAUAGCACAACCUGCCAUGAUCUUGUCCCACCUUCCCUUCAGUUUUUAUUUUUUUUGUAUGUCUUUGCUGUACAGUUUGGCUUUAGUGCAAUCCUCUGUUCCUCUGCAAUAUCAACCCACGCGUCAAUCAGCCCAGUUUAUACUGUCACAUUGAAAAUGAUGUGACACAAUCGCAUGUAGUGAUAUGCUUUAUUUUUUUUUCAUCUCAGGAAUAUAUUUCAUUUAGAUUUGAUUUUAUUGGGGUUAUUUGGGUUAUUUUUGUUUGUUUUGCUUUGAAACAGGGACUUGUAAACACUUAUCACUAAUAGUCCCUUUAUGUCCACCAUGUAUUUGUUGAGUUUAAGAUUACCACAAUGUUAAUAAAAUUAUUCAUUGAGUCUUCAGUAA